UUCUAAGAUCUCACCCUCGCCCCCUCUCUCUCUUAAAAAAAAAAGGGGAAAUCCUCCAAAUCCAAUUGCGGGAAAUUAAGCCGAUCAAACAUCAAAAUGCAAAUUCGAGUCAAGUGCGGUUGCGACGCGGAGACCUGCCCUGAGUGGGCCAUCGUCGAGCUUCAGGGCGUCGUCGAAUCUCAGCCUUCCGUCGGCGACCGGAUCCAGAACCUUGAGAUCGGACGGCUCUGCUGCACUCCUCAGGGGAGCUAUACGUUCACCGUCGGCUACCAUGAGUUGUCAGGGACGAAAAUGCCCCUAAAGAAGCCGGUGCUGGUUCUGAAGAAGAGGAAGGUUUCGGACGGUGAUUCGGUGGAUUGUUCGAGGGCAGAAUUGGAAGUUGUCGGAAUUAUUCGGCACAGGAUUCUGUUCAAGAACCGGCCUAAAGCUCUCAUAUCAAAACCACAAAUCAAGGAGAAGAAACCUGUGCUGCAAUCGACUUGAAUUUUUGGCGGAGUUUGGAUUGUUAAUAUACGUUAGUUAUUAUUCGCCAACUAAUAUGAAGUUUAGCUACUCAAAGUUUUUGUCAUGAAAACCUGAAGUUUAUGGCAAUUUUAUGUGAUAUAUUUUGUGAAGAGUUGGAUAAUUCAGGUUUUUUUUCCUUC